UUAUCGAUUCCAUGUAAACUCUCUCAAAUAUAUAAACAACAUUAUGGGUGAGAAAGAUUAUGAAGCAACUUACAAAAUUCUUAUCCUGGGAGACAGCGGUGUUGGUAAAACCUGCCUGAUCUUUAGAUUCAUUGAGGAUGUAUUUUCUGAUUCCUAUAUCUCAACAAUCGGUAUCGACUGUAGAAGCCGAGUUGUUGAUUUAGAUGGUACAAGAAUACGACUUCAAAUAUGGGACACAGCUGGUCAGGAGAGAUUCAGAACACUUACUAGUGCAUAUUACAGGGGAGCAAUGGGAAUUAUUUUAGUUUAUGAUAUAACUACUGAGGACUCAUUUAAACACAUAUCACAGUGGUUACAGAACAUUCAAGAUAAUGCUUCACCAGAUGUCUGCAAAGUUCUAGUGGGUAACAAACUGGAUGCUGAAGAUGAAAGAGUCAUAGAGACCAGCAGGGGAAAAUCAGAGACUGAAGGCCAUGAACUAGAAUUUUUUGAAACCAGCGCACGGACAGGGCAAGGUGUUACAGAGGCGUUUAUGGCUGUAGCAAGACAGAUUAAAGUAUCAAGAGAAAGACGGAAUGCCAUGCCCACCACCCAAGAUGGAUUUAACCCUGGGAUUGGAUCAGAAGAACCUGAAAAUUCUCAGCCCGGCGCUUGCUGCAGUUCAUGAAUUGAAAAACUUGUUAUUAAGGCUAUUGAAUGGACGCCGAGAUAUGUUUAAAUUACUCUGUGGAAUUGAAUGUUGUGGUUAAACUUGCUAAAUUAUCGUCUAUAGUCACUGGUUUAUCGCUUCUGGUGAAGAGCUAUGUAUUGCAAGUAAUGAUGGGUCUCGUUUACUGACUGAAGAUUUUGCAUGAGAAUUAUAGAGUUUUAACCCAAUUUUCUUCACUGAUUAUCUUAAAACCGCAACCAAAGGAAUGCUAUGUGCUCCCCUGAACAAACGGAUUUAUCAAUAACCAAGAAGAAUUCAGUUUAGAUGUAAAUAAACCGUCUCGAGGCGGGGAUAAUGCGACUCACAAAGUAACGUGGUAGACCCACCACAACUUUCGUAUGAAACAAAACCAAAGAGAUCCCGUAUCACUUGAAAAUUUCAAUUGAUAACGUUAUUAAAGGCGUAUUAUAGGGAUAGUUUCGCAAGGCUUGGUAGAAUGGAACUUUGUCGUUUUGUCUGCGUCCUGGACGAUUUUGACGUCAACAAAUUACAUUUUCAACAAUAAUGAUGAAAAUUGAAGUCAAUCUUCUUACCCUUUAAGAUUCGACUCUAGGGGUUCAUCUGUUUCUAUAGUCCGUUAGCUUCAAGUUUCGAGACAUAAAAAUCCUUAUUAGUCAAUAAUGUGGAAUCUAGCCUUAUGAUCGUGGUCGACAUUUUGGAUCACACAAGAUGUCAAUUAUACAUAAUGUAAAGCUUAAGUCUUGCCAACACAUAAGAUAUUUGUAGGGUUUGUAAAUUUUAUAACCUGCUGUCAAAUGACUGUUAAAAAACCAAAACCAAUGUAAACACAAAAGCAAAUAUAAUCAUAACAAAGGUUUGCGUCAUCAUUAGCCAAUAAGGAUCCAAAGUGAAACAGCAAACUACUAAAAGCGCGGGAAAACACAGGCGACCAAGUAACGAUUGGUUUUGUUGUGUCUGAUUAGUUUUAAGGCAUAGCGCGAGUUUUCGAGACCAAUCACAGACGUAAAGAAGUAAAGGAAAACCAAACAAAUCCCGGAUUCCUUUCGACACUCAACUGAUUACUCUAAUAAUACAACCAGACAUGUCAUGACUCCCAAUUUCAAUUUCAGACUCACUGAAGAGCAUUUUCGAAAGCUUGUCUCUCAAUAGAUGAAUUUACAGUUUAGACGCAAGUGACAUAAUGGUACACAUCCCUAAUAGCUGUACUUAGUAAAGCAAGGCUCUGUAAUUUGUAUAGUUUUGUUCCCACAUAUGUAUGCAUUUAAGAAUUAAACAUCCUUGAACACCUGUA